AUGGCCCAUUCACCCAUGCUGCUUGUGCGCACCAGUGGAGAGGAGGCGGAGCUGCGGCGUCUGCAGGUUAGGCAGAGCUACAGCUCCUGCAAGAGUGAAGAGGAGGCAACAGCGGCGAAUAGCGAUGGCAAGCAGCAGCAGCAGCAGCGGUGGAGGCUCAGUUGCGAGCUGCUGCCUCGCAGGGCCUCUGCCACCACGCCCUGCACUCAACCAGAUGCUCAAUGUGCUGCUGCUGCUACGCCCUGCACCCAACCAGAUGCACUGGGUGCUGCUGCUGCUACGUCCUGCACCCAACCAGAUGCUCUAGGUGCUGCUGCUGGUGCUACGCCCUGCACCCAACUAGAUGCUCUAGGUGCUGCUGCUGGUGCUACGCCCUGCACCCAACCAGAUCUGUCGGUGCUGCUACAGCGAGCGGCGACGGCGGGUUGA